GCAGCAGAAAUGUGGGGCUCUCUCUCUUUCUCUGCUACAAGAGAGAGAGAUCUGCUAAAGCAUUUCAGCUCAGUCAGUCCGAAAAGACGUUUCUAUAAAUUCUCUCAUCGAUGGGAAACUGCAAUGGCUGUCUACAGUCACGCAAAAGCGGUUACAGAGUUGAUAACGGAGUUAUCCUUAAUGAUGCAAAAACCCUAACCGAUAAGCAUAAAGGCCAAGAUCAAAGAGUGGAAGAAGCUAAAUCUAAAAUGGAUUCUCCAUCUCUGCCUUAUGCGAACGUCGAUUCUUCUCUCCGAGCUCUCGCCGGUCAAGCCGAAGGUUUCGGCCGCUCUGCCAUCGGCGGUCUUCACGGUCCACUUUAUCACGUUACUACGUUGGAAGACGAUGGUCCUGGAUCACUCCGUGAUGGAUGUCGCAAAAAAGAGCCUCUAUGGAUUGUGUUCAAACUUUCAGGAACCAUUGAACUAAGAUCAUAUUUAAGUGUCUCCUCGAACAAGACAAUAGAUGGUCGUGGCCAAAGAGUAAAACUAACAGGAAAAGGUUUGAGGCUGAAAGAAUGUGAGAAUGUAAUCAUAUCCAAUCUAGAGUUUGAAGGUGGCAAAGGUCCUGAUGCUGAUGGAAUCCAAAUAAAGCCCAAGUCAAAGAACAUAUGGAUUGAUCGUUGCAGCCUUAGCAAUUACGACGACGGUCUCAUUGAUAUCACUAGACAGAGUACCGACGUUACAAUAUCAAGAUGCCAUUUCUCAAACCAUAACAAGACAAUACUCAUCGGAGCCGACCCUUCUCACGUAGAGGAUAGGUGCAUCCGUGUAACCAUUCAUCAUUGUUUCUUCGACGGUACACGUCAGCGACAUCCUAGGGUCAGGUUUGCUAAAGUACAUUUGUACAACAACUAUACUAGAAACUGGGGUAUUUACGCGGUAUGUGCUAGUGUAGAGUCGCAGAUUUACUCGCAGUGCAAUGUAUAUGAAGCUGGAGAGAAAAGAGUGGCUUUCAAGUAUCUUACAGAGAAGGCUGCUGAUAAGGAGGAAGCAAAAUCAGGUCAUAUAAAAUCGGAAGGGGACUGGUUUGUCGAUGGAACUCAACAUGGUAUGCCAACAAUUUCGACAUCAUCGGAUCACAUUUUUCAUCCUAGCGAAUACUACCCUUCGUGGACCAUGUCAGCCGCAAACGACACGCUUAAGCACGUUCUUCAACAUUGUACCGGAUGGCAAGAACUUCAACUACCGGUUGACGUUGCCAAAUAAUGACAAAUCUUUUCGGGCUAUGUUUUGGGGG